UGCUUUGAAACGACAGAGCUCGUCUUUGAUUGGCUUAACCUGCUCUCCCAGUAAUAGGUCAAAGCGUCUGUCGAGUGUUUUAUUUCUUUAAAGGGGGGACACAAAAGGGCUUGGAGUUUAGAAAGAAUUCAAAGCUGCGUAAGAGAAAUGAGUAAAUGCUUUAACAGUACCGAAUUACAUGCAAGUCUGAUUCACAAGAACAUCAAUUCACUUUGAUGUUUCUGGGGGGAGCUCAUAUCCACGCUGCUGUUUCCGGGCGGGUUCAGCCAAUCGGUGUUUUUUUACUUCGGGGUUUUUGAAGCUCCGACGUCAACAAGCUGCCGUAUUUACCCACGUUUACACGGUUCAAACGAAGAUCGUGAAGGGACGUUGUAAAAGGUGAUAUAGCGGAGAAGGGGCCUGAUGGCGGCACCGAUGGAGGGCACUCCAGUGCGGAUAGGAGCAGCGCCCCCCUACGGCCAUGUGAUCGUCAACGAGAGGUGGAGGGGCUCUGCCAUCGUGCAGGGCUUUCAGGGAAAGUUGAAAGCAAUCUUUGAAGAGGGGCUGGGCCUGGUGGACUUCCACCUGUCUGACCACAGCUGUGUGCUGUACGUGUCCGAAAGUGGCCUGGUGGCAGGAAAUGGCUACAGGAGGAAGCUUUUCCAGUUUAGAAAAGCCAGCAAGCUUCACGGGAUUAUAGUUGUGGAGAAGACGCGGCUGAGUGAGCAGUAUUUCCCAGCCGUUCAGAAGUUCGUGGUGUUCGAACUGGGGCUGACCCUGCUUCCUGUUGCCAGCCAGUCUGAAGCCUCCCAGCUCAUUGCCCAGCUUGUCCACGAUGAGAGUAAGGAGGAGAGUCGGAACCCUUUCCUGAGGAAGAAGGCAGCCAAGCUGUGCGAGCCUGUGGUCCUGGCCCUGGUUCAGCAGAUCCCUGGUGUGGGCAGGGUGAAAGCUCUGGCCCUGCUCAGACACUUCCCCAGCAUUCACCAGCUGAGCAACGCCACGGCGCAGCAGCUGGAGGCCGCCGUGGGCGCAGCGGCGGCGCAGAGCGUCCGGGGGUUUUUCCACACGAGCCUGGCCCCUCCCCGGUGACGGCGAAACAGGGUCUUCCCUUUCUCUUGUGAAGAGGUCU